CCUAGUUUCAAUUAGUCCAACUAAUUGCCAACGACCAGAGGUUUCGCGUUACAAAAGCCGACCUGACGAGUGGCCAAGAAUUCAAAGAUGUCGACGAGCAUCGUUUUUCUGCUCGAACGUCUCUCCUUAUCGUUCGUCUCUCUCUUUCUCUCGUACGAACGCACACUAUUUCUCGCUCUUUUAGUAACAACACUUCGAACGAUUCGAACACAAGGAUCGGACUGUUUUCUCGAGUUCUUUGUCUAUUUCUAGAAAACUUCAACGUUAUACGAGUAAAUGCAACAACAAUGGACGAACAACGCGACGAUAAAAGGGAGAGAGCGAGAGAGAGGGAGAACGAUGCUCGUAGAAUUAAUGUAAAAUGGUCUAAUUGUCGUCAAUUUCGUAGCAUCCAUGUAAGUUAAUAUAAACACCGACGUCUAUCGCUUUCAUAGUCGCAGUAUAUACUCGAUAUUACGUUCGAGACGUCGUCGAUCUCGCACUUUUCUUGUCAUCGCAGUGAUAUAUUUUCGUCCAACAUAUAUUUCGUUCCAUUUAGAUUAAAUCGAUCAUAUAUAACCGCAUAGCGAAUAGAGAGAGAGAGCGAGCUUGAAUUCAAAGCCGACAAAGUCGGAUCGGACGAUGCAAUAGCCGAACGAAUUCGUGCGAUUUCACCAAGGUAUCCGGUGUAUAUGGUACUGUUAGUGCUCACGUAUUUGUGCCAAACGCGACGGUAAAGAGGAUAAAGAGGAUUGCCGAGUACGAUCGAAUAAAGAGGAGAAAAGCAACCGCAUCGCAAUGGGAAAGGGUAUGCUGUCGGUAUGCGGUGUAAAGCAGCAGGUGGUUCUGCUAUUCUUGAUCGAAAUCAUCUUGAUCGUACUAAUCGGGACGCUGACGACUUACGGACCUGAGGCUAACGCUAAUCUUCUGAAAAAUCACGCGGAAGACGAUGGGAACAACGAAAAUGACAAGAAGCCGCAGAGCGAUCCAUUACGUAUUUAUCCGAUGUAUCAAGACGUCCACGUGAUGAUCUGGAUCGGCUUUGGAUUCCUGAUGACUUUCCUUAAAAGAUACGGUCAAAGCGCUAUCGGAUUGACGUUCCUGAUCGCUGCUGUCCUUGUCCAAGUUGCUUUGAUCUGCGAAGCCGUCCUACAUUUCCAGAGAAACAACAAGGCUUACCUAUCUUCGGCCAGUCUGCUCAGUGCCGACGUUGCAGUGGCAGCUCCAUUGAUAUCCAUGGGUGCUCUUCUCGGUAAAACGACUUAUAUGCAACUCGUAUUUAUGGGUAUCAUCGAACUGAUCGUCUACACCGUCAAUAAGUACAUCGGUGAGCAUCAUCUUAUGGCCGUCGAUGCCGGUGACAGCAUGUACGUUCAUGCAUUUGGUGCUUAUUUCGGAUUGGCCGUCAGUUUCAUAUUUGGAAUGAAGGAGAAACCGAAGGAACAUCGUCUCGAGGGAUCGUCCUAUCAAUCGGACAUAUUCGCAAUGAUAGGUACGGUCUUUCUCUGGCUGUUUUGGCCAUCGUUCAACGGCGCGGCACUCGAAGGGGAUGACCAACAGAGAGCCAUAAUAAACACUCUCCUUUCGAUCUCGGGAAGCUGCGUGAUCGCCUUCGCCACGUCCGCUCUAAUUUCAAAGGACAACAAAUUCAACAUGGUCCACGUACAAAACUCUACGCUUGCUGGUGGCGUUGCCAUCGGCACAGCCGCAGGUAUGAUGUGCGAACCGAUAGGAGCUUUGAUCGUUGGUUCUUUGGCUGGUUUGCUCAGCGUCCUUGGAUACACAUAUCUCACGCCAUUUAUACAGAAACGACUACGUAUACACGAUACUUGCGGGGUUCACAAUUUGCACGGAAUGCCAGGAGUGCUCGCAGGAAUUUUCGGUGCUAUCAUGGCCGCACUGGCCACGCAAAAUUCUUACAAUUAUUCCCUUUACGAGAUUUUCCCAGCCCGAGCACCCAGCUUCGAAAAGUUAAGCCCCGAGAUGCGAAAUGAUUACGGUAUUUUACCUGGUCGUAAUAGAACGGCGAUAGAACAAGCGAGUUAUCAAAUACUUGCGUUGGCCGUUACUUUGCUAAUGGCCACAGUCUCUGGCUUAAUAACGGGAUUAGUUAUGCGUACGUCCGUCUGUGGAUCCAUCGCCGAAGAAGAAAAAUUCGACGAUGCCGUUCAUUGGGAAUUGGAGGAAGAAGAAGAAGAAGAAGAAGACGAUUCGCAUAAAGUUUCAAAGAUUAAAGAAAGAAAUAAUCGAGUAGGCGAUCAAUUACCGAUGGGUAACAUUUGAGAGCAAAAUUUUCUUCGAAUAAAAUCAUUUCUUAGAA